AUGGUGUUUACUGCUUCUGAGGUCCUGGGCUCUGCGAAAAUUGAGGGCAAUUCCCUCUACGCCGAGGUCAAGGCUGACACCGGGACUAAGGAGCUGUGUGGGAACGUCCACCCGAGACGGUCCUGGACAAAGCAGGUGGAGUCGCUCACCCCCACCUACCCCCUGAUGGCCCGAAAAUUGCUGAGAAACACACUGGGUUUUCAUGCUAACGCAGAGGCACAUGGCCCAGCUGUUACAACGACUCUUUCUGUGGCGCUGGGCGAGGACAGGAGAGUCGGGGCAAGUCCCAGGAGGCGCCGACAGAAAAGCAACUUGUGCGCAGCUCCACCUCACACACGGUACCUGCGAUGUUUCCAGGAUCCCAUGGAGCAAAAACGCCCUCAUCCUGCCUCUGCAGAGAAAAACCUCAGAGUCACGUGGCUGGAGGACAGGCCUCCAGGCCCGGCUGUGCGCAGAGCCUGCAGCGUGUGCACCGCUGCCAGGCUGAGGCUCUUCCUUGAGAGGGACAAAGGCUAUUCUCUUCCUGUCUUCUCGCUCGCAUGCGACAUCCACCAGGAAGAGCUGGGAGGUCACGUUGCCAGAGAGCCGAACACCUGCAGCUGGGGGAGGAAAUGAAGGUGCAUUGAGGCUGGAGGACUUGCUGGAUUCACAUCUUUAGAAUUCACAGGACCAGAGCUCACAUCCCCGUAGCCAGAAGCCUCUGCAGAGAGAACUCAGAGCCAGUGCCUAGGAGACCCUGCAAGGCUUUAGCUACAAACCAGCCUGGAGCCCAAAGCCCCGUGGGAUGAUGUGAUUCCCAGACAGGAUCUGUAGCAUCAGGAAUCCCUGGGUUGUGUGGGACAGAUAUCACCUGUUAAACGAGCAGGGAAAAUUAAGUUUCCUGGAGUGUCAGACAAGGAUGAGCCUGCAGCUGGGCCUCCUCGAGGGACAGGACACAAGCCCAGGAGGAAAUCAGGGCUUCCUCUCCGGCUGCUGCUGAGCAUCUUCCCCGGCUCCUCGGUGCAAGGCUGGGACACAGUCACCAGCUGUACCCACGUUUAUACAUUUUUUUCCUCUUUUGUCUUUUUAUGCCCUCACCAGAGGCAUAUGGAAGUUCCAGGGCUAGGGGUCAAAUCAGAGCUGCAGCUGUAACCUAGGCCACACCACAGCUGUGCCAGAUCCCAGCCAUCUCUGUGACUGCAGCUUGCGGCAAUGCCAGAUCCUUAACCCAGUGAGCAAAGCCAGGGAUCAAACCCGCAUCCUCGUG